AUGCCUGUCGCCCGCCGCUGCCUCUCCCUGCUGCUCCUGUCCGCCUGUGUGGCUCUGUUGCUGCAGCCACCGCUGGGUGCCCGGGGGGCCCCGCUGGAGCCGGUGUACCCGGGGGACAAUGCCACGCCGGAGCAGAUGGCCCAGUAUGCGGCCGAGCUCCGCAGAUACAUCAACAUGCUGACCAGGCCCAGGUAUGGGAAAAGAGACAGAGGAGAAACGCUGGACAUCUUGGAGUGGGGCUCUCCCCACGCAGCUGCCCCCAGGGAGCUCAGCCCGAUGGACGUGUAA